UGCAAUCACACAGGAAAGACAGAGAGAGAGACGGAGAGAGUGAGAGAUUGUUCUUAUUACAGCAGGCGGGCACUCCUUCAUUCUUUAUCUCCUGCUCCAUUUCUCCCACACACAAGGCAGAUAAAGCAGUCUGUCAUCUCAAUGGCUGCUGUGAAUGGGACAUGGUUUUCUGCCCCCGCAGUAGACCGACUUCUAACCAACACCAGCAGCAGCUCCAGCGGCUCCAGCAGCUCUUGGCAGGACGAGGCAGUGCGGGGAAUCCAAAUUGUUGCCACUCUGCUCAUCUUCCUGGUUGGCGUGUCUCUCAACGGGCUGGUGGUUUGGGCACUGGGAAUGCGGGGAAAUCGUCACCUGGUGCGCCGGGGCAGUAAUGAGGAGACGCGUGCUGCCAACAGUUUCCGCAUUUAUGUCCUGCACCUGGCCGUGGCUGACCUAGUGCUGAUCCUGCGUACCCCACUCAUGUUGGGCUACAUUGCUUAUAACUACAGCUGGCCAUUUGGCCUUCACUUCUGCCGCCUGGUCAUGUUCCUGCGAGGCAUGGGGUUAUACGCCUCUGCUUUCCUCCUCUGUGCUGUGGCCCUGGAGCGAUGCCUGUGUCUGCUGAAGCCCGUGUGGGCUCGACUGCGACGCCCCUACUGGGCUGUUCCUUUAGCCUGUGGCAUCUUAUGGCUGGUGGCCUUCAUCUUGUCUACCCCCUACCUCAACAGUGCCUUCCUGAUGGAAAAAAACGGGACAUACCAUUGUGUGGAGAGUGGGGCGUUUGACAUGGCGCUGUUUGUCACAGAAACAACAGCAGGUUUCAUCUUGCCUCUGCUCGUGUUCUUGGGAAGUAACCUGGCUGUAUUACUAACUAUUCACCAAGCAGUGCCCUUAACACCCACCACCUCCACCCCCUCAACUGCCCGCAGGAUGACCCGGAUGUACCACGUGCUAUUUUUCACCAUGCUUCUCUUCCUUACCUGCUGGGUGCCAUAUUUUGUUUGUCGGUUUGUGCGGGCCUUGGCUGAUGGACGACCUGACCGGAUCGUGUUGUAUAAAAGAGCACUGAAAGGCACAUACAUAUCUCUGUUCCUGGUGUACAUCAAGUGUGCUCUGAACCCAGUGCUGUAUGUGUUCGCUGCCCGAGGAUUAGGCCGUGCUAUCAAAGCUUCUCUUGUCUCCACUAUUGAAAGACUUUUCAAUGAAGACUCCAUGGAGUCCAUACGAAGGAAGUCACUCAAGAACUCACUUAAAAACUCACAGAUGUAGCAAGAGGUCAACAAUGCUUUGGUGUUUUUACAUUUCGAUUAGUUUUAUGUUGAAGUCAUUAUGCCUUUGAUUUUUGAAAAGAGAGGAAUGUCUUAAAUUUCACUUUUUACUGGUUGGUUACAUUUUUGUGCAAUGUGCUCAUACCCAUACUCAAAAUGUGAAUUGUGUAAAUCAAACCAAAAGGUAUGCAUGCUUUAGGUGUUUUACAAAAGGAUCUGAAAGCCACAGCAAAUGGAGAAACCAGUAGGUGUCAUUAUGAGUGUACUUUCUGUAUAUAGAGAUAUAAUGUUGACAGAUCUUAGUUGGAUCGCAGUUUGAUUACAACCACUGCUUUCAAUUCCCUUUGAAACAAACUCUUUCUGACAGGAGAAUUCCUCUGACAUGGGAUCUUAGGUAUGAAAAGACUGAUUUAAAGUCUUGGAUCAGUGGUGUCUGAAACUGAUUUCAGCAUUUCAGAGAAAGACAAGUGAAAAUUACCACACAGCAGUGAAGUGCAAAACGAGGAACACAUCUCUCAUCAAGCACAGCACCAGGCCAGGUUUCCUUACCGUCGGCAAAAUACAAGAAGAUAUAUGGACGUCAGUAAAAGUACAUGACUGCAGGCUCCAGAAAUGCUGCUUCUGUUGCAGCAUGCUGAAGGCAGGGUCAUAAUUUGGCAUAAAAAUGAAUUCAUGAAUCAUCUUGUCUGUUAGUCAAUGGGCAGGGAACACCUUGAUGGUAAACAAGCCAAAGUGAACACAGCAUUAUUUCAUUGCCAGCUUCCUGGCCCCAGGGUAACCUUUGUCAUAUGGAUUCCUCCGAGAUAACGCACCCUUAAGCAUGUACUGUCAUAGUGUGGUCCAAGGAAUAUGAUACUGAAUUUAUCUUAUCACUAUCAACAGUGACUCAGACCUAUCAAUCUGAUGAAAUCUGGACAAGAGCAGUUCCUUGUCCAUACAUCUGGUAGUAGUUGUACCAAAUAAACCAAUGAAUGUAUGUACUUCUUUAGGCUCUUAGAGGAAUGAAGCACAACAUGAUGAGCAGGAAGUAUGUGAAUGUAAAACAUCCAUGUCUGACUGGGCUUCAUGUACACAAACGUAGCUUUAUUACUUGUUGUCUAUAUAAGCACACCUAUUCUGUUAUUGACAGAAUAACAGAAUAGGUUAUUCUGUACAUAAUAGUAGCACUUUACAUGUAUUCUUUCUGCAUUAAAACACGAAUAAACAAAAGCUUUAAAUGCCACCUGAUUACAGGGUGGGUCCAUUUUUUUUUUUUUUUGAGGUUUUUCUAUCAUUCCAGUAGCGUAUGUUCUGUAUUCAAAUCCAAACAUUCAAAUUUUGGUCUAAGUACAUAUGUUUAAGCAUCAAAAUUAAAUUUUCCCAAGCCAUUCUAAAAAUAUUCCCACAUAACCUGAUGUAGGUUUCUGCACAAUGACGUUACCACGUAUUAAUUUCCUUGUCUGCCUAAUGUGCCUCUUUGUAACUGACCCAAGCCUUCUUUGAGAAUUGUGUGUUAUGGGCUUAGCAGUAUACUGCUGUGUGGGCUGUUUGGCUGCAAGGCAAAGCGGUGGAAAUAUAACACUGUAUACAGAUAAGUACUUCACACCCACACCCACAGCCCACUUAAAAAAAUUCAAACUACCCCUUUCACUUAUUAUUAUUAGUGGCAAACGCUGCUGUAGCCUUCAUUUCUGCUUUUUGCUUGCAGCUGAGUGGACGUUUCCAUUUAUAAAACACAGAAAAGAACAAAAUGAGUUUCCUCAGUUGAGUGUCUGGGCUCAGCCUUGGAGAUUGGGUGAGGAGCUCGGACAUCUGGAGGGAGCUUGGAGUAGAGCAACUGCUCCUUCACGUCGAAAGGGAUCAGUUGAGGUGGUUUCAGGCAUCUGAUCUGGGUCCUCCUGGGCGCCUCCCAUUAGAGGUGUUGUGGGCACGUCCCACUGGUAGGAAGCCCCGGGCAGACCCAGAACACACUGGAGGGAUUACAUAUCUCAUCUGACCUGGGAACGCCUUAGGGUCUGCCGCUGCCUCAAUCAGUUAGUUAGGAACACCUUAGGGUCCCCCAGGAGGAGCUGGAAAGCGUUGCUGGGGGACCGGGCCCCGGAUAAGCGGAUGAAAAUGGAUGGACGGAGAAAAGAACGCAGAUGGACCAGCCCCUUAUUUAUAU